GAUUUCAAACAGAGAUAUCCAGCAGAUGCAGUAGGAGAAGAAAUGGCACCCAAUGCAAGAUUCUGGAGGACCUAUAAUGACGAGGCAGCAGUGUCUGAUGCUGAGGUCAUGGAGCAAUACAGAGAUACAAUCGACAUUCUCCUUGUUUUCGCAGGUCUAUUCUCUGCCGUAGUGACAACGUUCGUUGUCCAGGCAUCAGAUAGUCUAAAACCGGACUUUGCGCAGAUUUCUUCUCUGCUUAUGGUCGAGCUCAUCGCGGUACAACGUGCUACGGCCAAGGGAACACCGGUUGAUGACGUCCCCAUGAUUGAGCCCUUCAACACGUUUUCGCCAGAAAUUCUCGACGUCUGGACGUACAAUUUGUGGUUCACGAGCCUCCUUCUCAGUCUCAUUACAGCUCUAGUAGCGGUUCUCGCGAAGCAGUGGAUGCACCAUUAUGUUUCGGGUACAUCUGGGACCGCCCGUGAACGCGCCCGUCUACGACAGUCUCGGUACACAGCCCUGCACAAGUGGCAGGUUCCCAUGAUUAUAGGAUGCCUUCCCGUACUGCUACACCUCUCCCUUGCGAUUUUUCUCGUCGGACUGAUCCUUUCCCUACUGUCGCUG